AUGAUGCCUUCAGGUGACGGCAGCUUUCCUGGGACGGAAAUCGACGACCCCUUCCAGGAGUCGCAGCAGAUGCAUGAACAGUUGGUACACCAACCUCAGCAUCCGUUGUCACAACCGGAGGCACCACAACAGGCAAAAGAGCAGCCGCAACCUGUUGCAGUGGUUGAUAGUACCCCGCCCCCGGCGCCGAAGCUCAACAUUCCCACACUGGCAAAGUUUACUGUUGAGUCCGCCGUUCUUGGUGCUGGUAUGAUUCGACCCAUUACCUUCUUUCCUAUUGUCACUACAGUUAGACCUGGGGACUCGUCGGCGUACUCCGUGCCGGACGUGCCGGUCGCGCCUCACAUGGGUGGUACCGACAUCGGCAUCGGACGGAACACGUGGGAGCCCUCGUCUACCGCACAGCUCGAUCGACGUUACAGCGAAUUGGUGGAGUUUCGCACCUUGUUGGCCUAUCAGUUCCCCACAAUGAUCAUCCCGCCGCUUCCUCCCAAGUCCAAGUUUGAUGACUUUGGAACGUUCAUCACAAAGGAGAAUAUUCUUCUGGCCCAGCAACACACUAUUGCACGUUUCCUGCGUGAGAUUGCCAUUUUACCCGAGGUCGUGUACUUCUCAACGUACACCCCCAACUUCUUCCAGCUUCCACGCGAGGCCUUUGAGGACUGGGUCGAGAAAAUGCGUGUACUCCUCGAGGAUUUCCGUGUACGCAAUGCUCCUAUCGUUGCCCACAGCAAGCGUAAGGGAGGCAUACUGGGGUCCGAGCGUGUGUCGACAAUAACAGGAUCAUCCACGAAGGCCGUGCGUAGUAUCGUGAAGAUGUUCGGAUCGUGGGUAAAGGGUGGAAAGGGCUCACAAGCAGAAGCACCGCCGCCGGAACCAGCUCCCAAGAAAACAGCUGAACUCCCGAAAGCAGUGCCAUUCGCUAAUGGUUCGCCCAGUGAAUACCCCAAGUCUUCUGGAGAUACCGCGAACGUUGUGGGAUAUUUGGCGUAUUGGGGUGAUGUGAGUCACUACCUUACUACCUACCGUGAUGCCCUGUCGGCGGCUGCGCCUCCGUAUUUUACCUACAUGAAGAAUUCAAUGGAUAACAUCACGGCGCUAAAGGAUGUUGCCGAUGCACUUAAAGCGUACUCGGACGUUCUCCACGCCUCUCCCGCGGGUGGUGAACUUUCAUGUGCGGCAGAUCAAUCAUCAGAGUUGUGUUCCAACACGGCACUUGCAAUUGAAAAGCAACAGUCGCGUAACAAGCGCGAGGUUUACGAGAGGAUUCUAUUUGAAGUGACUUAUCUCGACGCGGCUAUUGAGGCGGUGGACUACGUCCAAUGCCUAUGGAUACACAGCAACGAAGUUGGUGGGGGAUCUGACAAUGCCUUCACGGCGUACGCGAAGGAUGUGAGUGAUAGACUUCAUGCUUACUAUGAGGAAAGGUUUCUAACUAAUUUCAGGCUGCGCAUGGUGAACGUCAUGGGGCGCAUGGCCAGCUACGGUCAGCAAUACGCCCAAGAAAUGGAAAGUUGCAUGGUCCAAAGUGCUUUCUUGAGGACCACCCAAGACCCGAAGUACUUGGCAUACACCGCUGAUGAGUGA